AUGUCCAGCCUCCCCGCAACCUCUCUCGUAUGGUCAAAAUAUGUCCGCCUGCAACGCCAGAAGAAGAUCCUCAACAUGCGCCUGAAGGUGCCACCAGCGAUUGCCCAAUUCCAACACACCCUCGACCGCAACACCGCCGCACAAACCUUUAAACUCCUCAACAAGUACCGACCAGAAACCAAGGUCCAGAAGAAGGAGCGACUCCACGCCGAGGCCACCGCCGUUGAGCAAGGAAAGAAGAAGGAGGAUGCGAGCAAGAAGCCUUACGUCGUCAAAUACGGCCUGAACCACGUUGUGGGACUGAUCGAGAACAAGAAGGCGUCACUCGUCCUGAUCCCCAACGAUGUGGACCCGAUCGAGCUUGUGGUUUUCCUUCCCGCUCUGUGCCGCAAGAUGGGUGUCCCUUAUGCCAUCAUCAAGGGCAAGGCUCGCUUGGGCACGGUCGUUCACAAGAAGACCGCCGCCGUAGUCGCUCUCACCGAGGUCAAGGGCGAGGACAAGUCCGAGCUCAGCAAACUUGUCUCCGCCAUCAAUGACGGCUAUACCAGCAAGCACGAGGAGAGCCGUCGCCACUGGGGCGGUGGUAUCAUGGGCAGCAAGGCCGUCGCGAGACAGGAAAAGAAGAGAAAGGCCCUCGAGAGCGCCAUCAAGAUCUAA